GACUACACUAGUACGGUUCAGUCUCUUCCCCUCUUCACUAUUUACAUCUCCAUCACAGAUGAUUCCGCCAUCGCCGUCGCUCUCCGCCACCAUCCUCCCGCACCGCCUCCACCACCUCCGCACCUUCAUCGAUGCACGAGUAAAAUGGGCGCGUGACCCAUUCCUCGAUACCGCAGUCUCCAAAGAAAAAAACCUCAAGCAACUCAUUUCUCUCAAAAACCAAAUCCUCUCUUCAUCUCUCCCUCUCUCCACUCUCUCAUCUUCCCCCGUCAAAUUCUUCCAAAAAUACCCCUCUUUUUUUCGAAUAUUCCAACCCUGCCCCUCUCUCCCUCUCCACAUCAAGCUUACCUCUCAAGCUCUGACUCUCCACAAAGAAGAGUCGGCCAUUCACAGCUCGCCUUGUCACCGUAAUGACGCCGUUAAACGGUUGGCGAAGGUGCUGAUGCUGGCUAAUGCUAGGAGGCUUCCGUUGCAUGUUGUUGACAAGUUCAAAUAUGACCUCGGUCUUCCUCAUAAUUACGUUACUGCACUUCUUGCUGAUUAUCCAGAGUAUUUUCAGGUAUGUGAAAUCAAAGAUCAUGUAACUAACAAAGAAACUCUGGCAUUGGAGUUAGUUUCUUGGAGGAAAGAACUUGCAGUAUCAGAAAUGGAAAGAAAAGUGUGCAAUGGUGAUAUUUCAAAUCUAAGAAGAGGAAGGUGCAUAGAGUUUCCUAUGAAUUUCCCUAGAGGGGUUGACUUAGAAAAAAAGGUUAAGAAUUGGGUUGAAAAAUGGCAACAGCUGCCUUAUGUUUCACCUUACGAAGAUGCAUUCCAUUUGGCACCGAGAAGUGACCUGGCAGAGAAAUGGGCUGUAGCAGUGCUUCAUGAGUUGUUAUGGCUUUUGGUGUCAAAGAAGACGGAGAGAGAUAAUGUGUUUUGCUUGGGAGAUUAUUUAGGGUUUGGUGAUAGGUUUAAGAAGGUUUCGGUGCAUCAUCCAGGGAUCUUUUAUGUGUCUAAUAAGAUUAGGACUCAAACUGUGGUGCUUAGGGAGGCUUAUAGGAAGGAUUUUUUGGUGCAGAAGCAUGCAUUGAUGGGGAUGCGGUAUAGGUAUGUUCAUCUCAUGAAUAAAUCAAAGGAUAGAAGGAAACCUGUUUGUGCCCUAGCUUUUGGUUCAACAAGAAAAAGAAAGGUUAAUUUAUCUACUGUAAAAGAGAAAACGACAAAAGAGGACGAUAAUUGUGGUUCGGAAGAAGAAAAGGACUCCAAUGGAUCUUCUGAAUCAGAGUUUGAAGAUGUUGAUAGUCAAGAACAGUGAAGAUGGAGAUAUGAUAAGUAGAGAAGAAAACUUAGAGAAGUAGCUUGAGUUGAGAACCUGAGAUGUUUGCUUUAGAAAGCUCAAAAAGAGGUUAGCUUGACAAAAUUUAUGCAACUUAUCAAAGAAAUUAAGGACCACAAGAGAUGUUAAUCUCAUGGCUCAUGAGACUAUGUUAAUUGAGCAUCAAACUUAGAAAGCAUUAGCCCAAAAUGAGGUGGGUCCAAUCAACAAAGGAAGCUCGGCUCAGCAAUUGUUUAUUGGACAGAGGAUGAUGAUAUAUUUCCUGGACAUUCAUGGGAAAUAGAACAAAAAUGGAUGACAACAUUUAUUGGAGGUGGGAGGAUCAGUUUGUCAAGCAAUGUAAAAUUUGAGGGUGGAUUCAAGAUUAUGUGCAGUAGCUUCUGUUGUGCAAGGAUAUGGAAAAGACUAGGAAGAAAAUUACUUUCUUCAGUUUGCUUCUUUAGCAUUUGAACUUCAGCAGCUGGUUCAGAAAAUUGCUGAAAUUAAGGAUACUUGAGUCUAAAAGGUUGAAUAGCCUGGAUCUAGGGUUCACUUGAUAUUUGAAUCUAUAAGAAGAAUGCCAGACAUACAAUAUUUUGUAUACAAACUGGUGCGACAAUACUGCAUGCUUGUUGCAUAUUUUUGUGUGAUUUGUUUAUUUGUUUUUCAGUGUUACUCUUUUAAUCACAUCAUAUCGUAUAGUAUGUUUGAGUCUGUUUGAUAGAAAGUUCAUAUGUCUACUAUUAUUCUUCUGGAACUUGUUUCUUUAGCAUUUUUGUCUAUAUACAAUGUCCAUGGGUGAAAUGAAAUUAAAGAUGGCUUUACAAACCUGAAAAUUUUAUAGUUUUUCCACUAUUUCUAUACAAACGAAGUGAUAAGAGAUUUUUAGCUUGCUAGUUUGGUAAUGUUAUUGGAUCAAUAUAAUUGUUGAGUGACAAAAAUAUCAUUCACUGUGAUAUUUUUUGGGUACUGAUUUGAUGAUUUAAAUUGAUUCAAUAACCUACCAGACCAGGAAUAUAUCAUAACUCCCAUGAUGGGGAUGGUAGCUUUUUGCAUAACCUAUUUAGAAGAAUAUGCAAAGAUGUAUUGCACUGGAUUUUGUUAUGGUGUU